UAUUUUUGGCGUUGUUUAGUUACUUUUUUACAGUCGUGAUUGAACGCAGACAUUGGGGAUUGAAUUCAAAGAGCCAAGUUUAGAUUGUCUGUCUAAUGUCUCAAGAAGCUACGAUCAUAGCAGUUGAUAAUAGUGAUUACAUGCGAAAUGGGGACUUCUUCCCAACACGUCUGCAGGCGCAAAAUGAUGCUGUUGGUUUGAUCUGCCAGAGCAAACGCCAACGCAAUCCAGAGAAUACCAUUGGUUUGUUGUCCCUUGCAAAUACCGAGGUACUCUGUACGCUAACAAAUGAUGUGAGUAAGAUAUACAAUCGUCUACACCUUGUGGAGCCAAAAGGCAGCAUUAUCUUCUGCUCAUCAAUAAGGAUAGCCCACCUCGCACUUCGUCAUCGUCAAUUGAGACACCAGAAAAUGAGAAUCGUAUGUUUCAUCGGUAGUCCUAUAUUAGAGGAUGAAAAAGAAUUAACUAGGCUUGCCAAGCGUCUCAAAAAAGAGAAAGUUAAUGUCGAUAUUAUUAAUUUUGGUGAGAAUGAAACAAAUGAGCAAAAGUUAUCAGAAUUCAUCGACACACUGAAUGGAAAGGAUGGGACAGGUUCUCACCUCAUAUCUGUUGCCCCGGGGACAGUCUUACAUGAUACUUUGAUGACCAGCCCCGUUGUUGCUGGUGAGGAUGGUUCUGGGAUGGCUGGUGCUGGGUUAGGCUUGGAGUUUGGAUUAGAUGGGGCAGAGGAUCCUGAUCUACUCUAUGCCCUCAGAGUAUCAAUGGAAGACCAGCGCAUGCGUCAAGAACAUGAGGUUAAUGGAGAUGGUAGUAAUACUUCAGUCGUAGCAACAUCGUUACCAGCUGGGUCAGGAACAUCCGAAGAAGCUAUGCUUCAGCAGGCUUUGGCUAUGUCAAUGCGAAUGAAUAAUACCGAAUCUUCAUCCUUGCCUAUGGAUAUCGACCUGGCAGCUAUGUCAGAAGAAGAUCAGAUAGCAUACGCACUGCGCAUGUCUUUACAACAGAUGGGGGAGGAAACGACUCAACCUACUACCACUACAUUGGAGUCCAACCAGACUAUUGUUGAACCCUCUGGUGUGGCUAUGGACAUAGAUCAGACUCCAACUAAAGUCACUGAAAAUCCGAAAUUAUCUCCUAAUCCCGGUACAUUGGCAGCUGCAACAUCAGCUUUCAACUCGUCAACUGUCCCUACAUCUGCUGACUUGGACGUUAUGUACGAUGCUGAGUUUUUGGAAUCGGUUUUACAAAGUUUGCCUGGUGUGGAUACUCAGAAUGAAGAUGUUCGCAAGGCUAUAGAUGCUCUAACUAAGUCCCAGUCACAGAGAAGUUCAAAAAAAGAUGAAAAAGAAGAUGAGGAUAAGCAGAAUAGUUAAGGAGCGGUGUAUUGAUUUUCAAAUUCGCGAUGAUUAAUUGUUUGGGUUCUUAUUUUUGACAGUGGUGAAUAUACACAUUCUUAGCUAAAGUUAUUGCGCUUCAUCCUUCUGUUUCAUUAUUUAGAGAGUAAAUUUUGUUCCGAAAAAUGAUUUACAUUGUUCUUUUGUGUGAUUUACUUGUUUACAGACCUAAGCGUUUAUAGUGAUGCUUCGUUUUCGUCAGUCUGUAAUAUUUAUCAGUUAUCUGUUUGUAUAACAUUCAAUACAUAUAUGACACAAUAACUAGGAGGGGUAUUUUUACAUUAACUUCUUGUUCGCUGUCACAUUUCUUGCCAAAUUACAAUUACCCCUCAAAUGCUGAACCUACAACACCAUAAAUAAAAAUAAUAUAUUUGUAAUAUCCCAAUGAGUAGAAAAUUGGAUUUUUCUGACGUUU